GAGAGCGAAAAAAAAGAAGCAGCCAGGGAGAGUCCAAGGCAGAGAGCCAAAGGAAAUAACUCGAUAAGCAACAGAGAUAUCUACAAACGACCCCAGAUAAGCCACAACGAAGAAGUAUCAUUAACUGAAUCAAAAGAAAAGCGGCAAAAAAAAACAAAAACAAACCAAAACACAAAUACAAACAACAACAACAACUACAAAGGAGAAACCAAAACAAAACACCCAACAGCAAUUCUAACAACCAUCCACGGGACACUCAUCCACAACAAAAGGAAUUCCCACGUAAAUCCAUCAAGAUGAGUAAUAAUGACAAAACACCAACAUCGAACGAAGUUGCCAAACAGCAGGUUGUUGCCUACACCCAAAAAUCACAAAUCAAACACGAGACCCGACACAUCCAACUGGUGCGCGAAUAUGGCUUCCAUCCGCGUAACAAAGCCACGGUGGAGGAUGGUGAUGUCCUGCCAAAGAAAUUCGAACCAUUUCCGGAGAAUAUGUAUGGCCGGCCACUGGAGGAAAUUGAUCAUUUCAUCUAUGAAGAGACUUUUUGUGUGGUUUCAAAACGCUUUCGCAAGAAUUACAUACAUCGCUUUACGGGAACCAAAAGUUUAUUCCUCUUCCAUCCAUGGAGUGUGGCGCGUCGGAUAUGCGUCUAUAUAGCAACAAAUCAGUUUUUCGAUUAUUGUGUCAUGGCCACGAUAUUGUUCAAUUGCAUUUUUUUAGCCAUGACCGAAACAGUCGAAGAAGCUGAAUUUGUCUUCCUAGCGAUUUAUACCAUUGAAAUGGUAAUCAAAAUCAUUGCCAAAGGCUUCCUGCUCAACAAAUACACAUAUUUGCGUAACCCAUGGAAUUGGCUGGAUUUUGUGGUCAUAGCAAGUGGUUAUGCCACAAUUGGCAUGGAUGUAGGCAACCUGGCCGGGUUGCGUACAUUUCGUGUGUUGAGAGCUUUAAAGACUGUUUCCAUAAUGCCAGGUUUAAAGACUAUUAUAAAUGCACUCCUGCACUCGUUUCGUCAAUUGGCCGAGGUCAUGACGCUGACCAUAUUUUGUUUAAUGGUCUUUGCACUAUUCGCACUACAGGUUUAUAUGGGAGAACUAAGAAAUAAAUGUGUUAAAAAUCUGCCAGAAGAUUGGAUAAAUACCACCGAUCUUGAAUGGAAAUUAUGGAUUAAUGACACUGACAAUUGGUUGUAUGAUGACGAAGAGUUACCGCUCUUGUGUGGCAAUUUGACGGGGGCACGUCACUGCCCCUUUGGCUAUACGUGCCUGUGUGUCGGCGAGAAUCCCAAUCAUGGUUAUACGAAUUUCGAUAACUUCAUGUGGUCCAUGUUGACCACAUUUCAGUUGAUCACCCUGGACUAUUGGGAGAACGUGUACAAUAUGGUGUUGGCCACUUCGGGACCGAUGAGUGUAUCAUUUUUUACAGUGGUUGUGUUUUUUGGUUCAUUUUAUUUAAUUAACCUAAUGUUAGCCGUAGUUGCUCUAAGUUACGAGGAAGAAGCGGAAAUAACGAAUGAAGAACGUAAAAAAGACUUAAUGGAUCACCGAGAUGAUUCAACCUUUAGCUUCGACCCGUCCGUUCUGAAUGUGAAAAAGUUAAAUAAGAAUAAUAAAAAUAAAAUCGAUUCCCGCAAAGGUGUACUGGCCUCCUAUAACAAAAAGAAGGUGCGCCGGAAAAAAGUUAAGGGCGGUGGCAAAGGAGAGUGCAGCGGUAACAAUACCGAUAGUAAUGGCAAUGGAACGCACACUGGUAAAGGUGAUUCACUCACACCCACACCUAGUCCCAGUCCCCGCCACAGUGGUUGUGAACGACCUACCGAUUUGGAUUUGAAGGGAGGUCAACACCCGAAGAGCUCCUCGGUGAAGGAUAAACAACAACGCCAGACACGCAUUUGUUUUCAAGAACAAGACACCGAGUUAAAUCCGAAUAUGUUGUAUCCCUCUGGCCAGCUGGUGCAUGCUGGUCGCCAGGGUAGCUCAAGUUCUGGCGGUGGCGGUGUGAAUCGCGAAUCAUCUCAGGAUGAUUCGGGUGUGGUGGAUGAUCAUGAAGAACAAGAUAUAACAGCUUCCGAAGUGGUCAACGUAACUGCCACCAAUACCACAACAGCCGCCCUGGUGGAUGAAUGUGGUGGUAACAAUGAACACACGGCGGUGACGCUGGCCCUGUCGCCGCGUGAAGUUCGACUGAUAAAGUGCAAUGGAAAUAUAGCACGCAUUAAGAAGCAUAAUAUUUAUGCUUUACAUCCGGAAGAUUCUUCCGAAAUUGUUGUAAUCGAUGAUCUUCCUGAUCGCAAUUGUGAUAGAUGUGUUCAAUGUUGCAUCGACUAUGAGGGAUGGUUGCAAUUCCAAAAUUGCUUAUACAAAGUGGUGCGCGAUCCUCUCUUUGAAUUGGCCAUUACGCUGUGCAUUGUCUUGAAUACAGCAUUUUUGGCCAUGGAACAUCAUGGCAUGAGCGAAAGUUUUCGCAACGCCUUAGAUGUUGGUAAUAAGGUGUUCACUUCAAUAUUUACCUUUGAAUGUAUUAUAAAAUUAAUGGCAUUAUCCAAAGAGUUUUUUCUAUGUGGUUGGAAUAUAUUUGAUUUGAUCAUAGUAACGGCCUCAUUGUUGGACAUAAUAUUUGAAUUAGUUGAUGGUCUCAGUGUUUUGCGGGGUCUCAGAUUGUUGCGUGUUUUGAAAUUGGCUCAAUCUUGGACUACAAUGAAAGUGUUAUUAAGUAUUAUUAUUUCAACCAUAGGAGCUUUGGGUAAUCUUACCUUAAUAUUGGUUAUAGUCAUUUACAUAUUUGCCGUCAUUGGCAUGCAAUUGUUUUCUAAAGAUUAUACACCAGAAAAAUUCGAACCAGAUCCGGUGCCAAGAUGGAAUUUUAAUGAUUUUUUCCACUCAUUUAUGAUGAUUUUUCGUAUCCUAUGCGGUGAAUGGAUUGAACCAUUGUGGGAUUGUAUGCGAGCCGAAGAAGAGCAAGGUGCUUCAACCUGUUUUGCCAUUUUCCUACCCACUCUGGUCAUGGGCAAUUUUAUGGUGCUAAAUUUGUUCUUGGCCUUGUUGCUCAACAGCUUCAAUUCGGAGGAACUCAAAUCGAAGAAAGAGAUAUUCAAGAAAAAGGAGGUUGGCGAAGAAUCGAAAUUGGCUCGCAGCAUAGAAAGAGUUCGCGAUUUGAUUCGUAAAAAACGCCAAGAACGUAAGGAGCGAAAAGAACGUAAAUACGCUUCGAAAUUCCAGCAAAUUGUCAUCGAGGCUCAAAAUGCGGCGGCAUCAUCAAUGCUUGAUAAACCUGGCCUGAUGUCGGAAACCAAGUUUCAUAGGCUAAGUUAUCAGGAAUCGAUGAAUCGCCCUAUUUCUGGCUCGGAUUUUGGCAUUAUAAUUCCCCUCAAAGGGAGCCUUCACACCAUUAUUGAUAAUGCUGAAACUGAGGAAGAUCGCAAAUCAUAUACAUCGUCGCAACAGUAUUUGCAUCAGCAACAUCAACAGCAACUCCAGCAUCAGCAUCAGCAACAACAGCAACAUGAUCAUUCCACUUCUUCACCCAUGUUAACAACCAACCAACCAGCCUUGCAGCUGCUCUAUCAGCAACAACAAACGGCCAUGCCAUCCUUUGAUGGCACCGUGGCCAGUUCCUGCCAAUUAGACAAUAAUAGCCCAAAUCCACAGGCCGAUCGUCGCCUGCAACAUCAAAUGUCUUCCGGUUUUGGUACUCAACCAAAUGAUUCACGUGAUGAUCCAACCACCUACACGGAAUCCAUCGAAUUGCAAAUGAUGGGCCAAUACAAUUCCACAGAUACUGAUCCGUAUAAUCAGGAUCAGCGUAGUGGCUCGUACAUGCGAGGAGAUUCGCUGCAAGAGCGUAUAUCGACGCGACUUUGUAGUGAAGAACAUGACGAGUCCUAUUUGCAAUAUCAAAAGUCAUUAUUGACGCGCUCACCUAGCUAUCGUAAAUCGCUUGACCGCCUCUCACAGUCGAGCGAUCAAUCACAACGUUCGCUAAUACCCUCGCGACGUUCCGAGGAUGAGAAUGUGUCAAGCAUGAAACGUGAUUUAAGUGGACAUUCACUGAACACGAUUUCCAUGGAACAUGAGGAAUUACUGUCGAACCAUGUCAAUCUUAGAGAUGAACUACUGAACUGUGAUCAAAAGGAAUUAUUUCAAUUUUUACAGGAAGAUGCUCUAGACAACAGCAACAACUACUUUAGCGAUACGGUGGGCUAUGGGUCCACCAUGGAGGCCGAUACGGAUUCUCUGAUUGUAAUGGAGAGCAAAAGGGAGGAGCGCAAGCCCUCUACCAGCAGCAUUAAAUCGAAUUUAAGCUACAUUUCCAACUCCAUACUUCAGACCAUUGAAUCGCGGCGUAAUGGUGGAAGUCACUCGUCCAAUGGCAAUGGCCAGGACAAUGAGAGUGUGCCCCUGGUGGAGCACUCCGAGUUUGAUAAUAUCAUACAGAGUUUCGAAAAGGAACUGGAGGAGAUCAAAAAGUCCACCACUUCACUGGAGAGGAGGCUGUCAACGUUGUCUGAGCCCUCUCCGGCAGCGGAUGAGGCUAAUAAGGCCAUACUGGAGCACAUAGCGGUAAUAACAGGGGCAUCAGAGCGCACGGCGGCCGAUGAGGUGGUUACACCUUUGAAUCCCUAUGACAGCUAUGAUCUGUCGACAGUACCGCGUCGCCAGCACUCCUUGCCGGCCAGCACUAACCGGGCGUCGGUGAAGAUCAAACGCCGCAGCUUGGAGAAGCAACGAAAGAUUGACGAAGACUUUUGCAUAAGCAAUGAAAUACGCAAGAUCUGUGAUCAAAUACAAGCUCCAUUUUCCUCCGUGGAAGCAAUGUCCAUUGCGGCCACACAAGCAUCGGGCGCCCAAUCGCCUUUUAUGCGGCGAAAAAGUGAUCUUUUCAGUGCUCAAUUUGAUCGUUUUAAACGAAUGUCUCUCAUUGAGCGAGUCGAUGAAGUGCCCGAAGAGGACAAGCCCAUAUCAACGCUGCGCAUGGAAUCGGAGCGGCUGCCUCGGAAAUGCCUGACUGUAGAUGCUACGGAUAAGAUCGAUAGUCUUUCGCUGAAAAGUACAAACUCGUAUGAGAACCUUCUGCUGCACAAACAAUUGACUCAGCUAGCUCAACAACAACAACAACAGCAACAACACCACGACUCCUCGAAUUCGUCGUCGGCCGUUGUACCACCCACACCACCAGUCUCACUCAAGUCUUCUAUGGAACCGCCCACACUGGUCCAAAUGUCUUCGCUGAAGGCAACACCUCCCCUGACGGCCUUAACCGAACACCAACAACACUAUCAUGCCACCAAUGCUCAACUGCGAACUACACCUCUCCUCCCAAGGGCUGUGCCAUCACGUGCCAGCAGCGUUGACUCGGAGCAGACGCAACAGCAGCAACAACACCAGAAGCGGCAGCAACAGAGACGACUGCAGGUGAAGUCACGCUCCGAGCAUCCACAAUCGGCCUUAGACAAAGCUGCUUCAUUUCAAUCGGCUCGCACCGAAUCUCAUAGUUCGGGAGCGGCUGAUACCUCAUCAGCUCUGGCACUGGCCGCCGGCGAUGUGAUUGUGGGACAGUUGCAAUCGGCCGGUGGGUCACAAGAGAAGAGCGGCGAUGCGCUCCAGUCGCAAAAAUCUGCAUUUUCACGACUGACUGAAAAACCAUGGCAUUGUCUGGUCUCCUACGUAGACGAUCUCACAGUGGGUGGGAGACGUAACUCGCAGGGAGCAUACAAUGAUCCCAUGACUUUUCCAAGUUUCGGACAUUCGAAGCCACCAAAAGUGCCAGAUGAUUGUUUCCCACAAAAGUGUUAUGAACACUUUUACUUUCGCUGUCCUUGGUUUAUGUCAUGUAUGGAUACACCGACUGCUAAACAUUGGACACGCGUCAGAACGGCCGUCUUGACUGUUGUGGAUACUCCAGCCUUUGAGUGGUUUGUCUUGGUGUUGAUAUUUGCCUCCAGCAUAACGCUCUGUUUCGAGGAUAUCUAUUUGGAUAGCAACAAAUCACUGAAACGCAUACUCUAUUGGACGAAUUUCUCAUUUUGCUUGAUAUUUGUGGUCGAAAUGGUACUCAAAUGGUUGGCCUUGGGGUUUUCCAAAUAUUUUACGAGUUUUUGGACCAUACUGGAUUUUAUUAUAGUUUUUGUUUCUGUUUUCUCCUUGUUGAUCGAGGAGAAUGAAAAUUUAAAAGUUUUACGCUCUUUGCGUACACUUAGAGCGUUACGUCCCUUACGUGCCAUAUCAAGGUGGCAAGGAAUGCGAAUUGUAGUAAAUGCUCUCAUGUAUGCCAUACCAUCAAUUUUCAAUGUACUUUUAGUUUGUUUAGUUUUUUGGUUAAUAUUUUCUAUAAUGGGUGUACAAUUUUUCGGUGGUAAAUUUUUCAAAUGUGUCGAUAAUGAUGGAGAACUGCUACCAGUGACGGAAGUCAAUGAUAAGUGGGAUUGUAUUGAGCAAAACUAUAGUUGGAUCAAUUCGAAAAUUACCUUCGAUCAUGUAGGUAUGGGUUAUUUGGCCCUGCUGCAGGUGGCCACCUUCGAGGGUUGGAUGGAGGUGAUGGCCGAUGCUGUGGAUGCCCGAGGUGUGGACUUGCAGCCACAACGUGAAGCCAAUCUAUAUGCCUACAUUUAUUUUGUGAUCUUCAUUGUGUGUGGUUCAUUCUUCACACUCAAUCUAUUCAUAGGAGUAAUCAUUGAUAAUUUCAAUAUGCUCAAGAAAAAGUAUGAAGGAGGAGUGUUGGAAAUGUUUCUCACCGAAUCGCAAAAGCAUUAUUACACCGCCAUGAAAAAGUUGGGACGAAAAAAACCACAGAAAGUCAUUAAGCGACCAAUAAAUCAUUUUUUAGCUAUGUUUUAUGAUUUAUCAAAUUCCAGAAGAUUUGAAAUUGCCAUAUUUGUGUUGAUUUUUUUAAACAUGUUAACUAUGGGCAUUGAGCACUACAAUCAGCCGCAUGCGGUCUUUUUCAUACUCGAAGUCAGUAAUGCCUUUUUCACCACUGUCUUUGGCCUAGAGGCCAUUGUGAAAAUUGUUGGAUUACGUUAUCAUUAUUUUACCGUUCCUUGGAACGUUUUUGAUUUUCUUUUGGUGCUGGCCUCGAUCUUUGGCAUUUUGAUGGAAGACAUCAUGAUUGAUUUACCCAUUAGUCCCACUCUGCUGAGAGUGGUUAGAGUAUUUCGAAUUGGCCGUAUAUUGAGAUUGAUCAAAGCUGCCAAAGGCAUACGCAAGCUUUUGUUUGCAUUGGUAGUGUCCCUGCCAGCCCUAUUCAAUAUUGGAGCUUUAUUGGGUCUAAUCACAUUUAUAUACGCCAUAUUAGGCAUGUCGCUAUUCGGGCAUGUUAAGCUACAAGGUGCUCUAGAUGAUAUGGUGAACUUCCAGACAUUUGGCCGCAGCAUGCAAUUGUUGUUUCGUUUGAUGACCUCGGCGGGUUGGAAUGACGUGCUGGAGUCGCUAAUGAUACAGCCGCCGGAUUGCGAUGCGCACUUCAAUCGGCAGACGAAUGGUGAUUGUGGCCAUCCGCUAUUGGCCAUCACGUACUUUACGAGUUUCAUUAUAAUAAGCUACAUGAUUGUCAUAAAUAUGUACAUUGCCAUCAUUUUGGAGAAUUUCAAUCAAGCCCAUCAGGAGGAAGAAAUUGGUAUAGUGGAGGAUGACUUGGAAAUGUUCUAUAUCAGAUGGUCUAAAUACGAUCCCCAUGCAACACAGUUUAUACACUUUGCACAACUUUCCGAUUUUAUUGCUUCUUUGGAUCCUCCAUUGGGUAUAUCCAAACCCAAUACCGUGGCACUGGUCUCUUUUAAUUUACCCAUCUCGAAGGGUAAUAAAAUCCACUGUUUAGAUAUUUUACAUGCUUUGGUCAAACAUGUUUUGGGUCAUGUUGAAGAAACGGAUAACUUUAAACAGUUGCAAGAACAAAUGGAUGUUAAAUUCAAGAAACAAUUCCCAACUCGCAAGGAAUUGGAAAUUGUUUCUUCAACACGGAUUUGGAAGAGACAAGAGAAGGCUGCCAAGACCAUACAGAAUGCCUGGAGGGAAUAUCAAAGAAGAAAGAAGGAGAAGGAGCGUUCCAAUUCCGGGGAUAGUGCGACACAAACCUCGAGUCCGGGAGGCUGGCAAGCCCGUCUAUCAUCGUUGAAUUUCUUUCAUUUGCAGGUUUCACGCCGUGGCACUCAGUGUUCCAGCCGAGCAUCAUCGCGUAAAUCUUCGCGGGCUUCAGAUGCUUCUGACAUAAGUGAGUUGGCGGGUCCUUGGCUAAAUCUGCCCCUCAUGCUGGUCUCUGGUGCCGAUGAUGUGGUUAAGGAUAUUAAACAACAAAGUGAUGAUAUGGGCAAGCGUGGUAGCAUAUUUGUGGAAGCGCCUAGAGCCAAUCGACGCCGAAGCUUUUAUAAUUUCUUUUUGCGCCAUCAGGAUGCUGUUGAUGAUAGUUUAACAUCACCAUCAGUGCAUAGAAAAAGCGUCUCGCCCACAACAGCCGCAAUCUCCUCCACCACCUCCCUCGCCACAACAUUAGCCGACAACACCACAAUCGCCUCUUUGGAUGCCAAAUCAAGCAACCUCCAACAAACGGUAGUCACGCCCACACGGAAACGUGCUACGAGUUUUAUACGUAAAAAACCACCCCUAGAAAGAGGUUUGUCAGCACAAAGCGCUUUAAGAGUUAACAAAAAUGCUUUUGUCUCUGAGGGACCAACACCCGAGGUGAUUGUGACCAAACCCUCACCGGAGCAAAGUUCGUUGCCUUUGGGUCUGAGACCGGAAAAUUCGACAUUGGUACAUGUUUUGGUGCAUCGUGAAAGUGAGGAAUACAAGGAGGAGGAAGAAGAAGGAGGAGUGCAAGCGUCACCAUCGAUGGAGAAACCCAAACCACCACAAAUACGCAUAAGCCCCGGCUCCGAUGAAGUUGGUUUAGAUCUUAUGCCACCUUCGAUAGUCCAAAUAAUGAUCGAAUCUCCCAAAGAACCACCACGAGGUGAUUUCUCAACAGAUUUUGAAAUGGCACAAACAACGAUAACGCCUAUGAGCGGCAAUGGGGCCAUUGUGGAGCCCAUCGAUGUUAAUGUUCAGGGUGAUACAUCGAAAGUGUUCUACGACUAUGAUCCCGACGAGGCCAAUGAAAUUGUAAUCUUGGAAACAUUGGCCGAAGAAUCUCCCAAAUCUGAAGAUAUACCAAUGACAGCACUGCCAGAUAUUCCAGUGCCAAUGACAUUACCAAGAGACCUGGGUAUGGGAAGUACGGAAGCAAUGAUGACCACAGCCACUACUACCACCAGCAGCAACAGCGGAGCAAGUGCAGCGACACCAACGACAUUGCCAUAUACCACCACCACUACCACCAAAGACAAGGGGGAGGAACAAGAGCAGGAGACGCCUGUAACACCACCACAGCCCCAUCCGUUUGAUGUGCCCUCGGGCCAUAUACCCACAUCGACUUCCUCAUCAUCGACCUCAUCCAACGAAGAUAGCGAUAAGAACAGAUGACAUUCACCUCGCACAGCGACAGUGCCCAAGAGCAUCAGUUCGAGCUCGAGCACCAGUUGCUGUAGUUCCGGCCAUCAGACAACAACCUAUAGUUCUUCGAGCAUGGACCACCAUGAUGGUGACGAUGACGGCGACAACGAUCGCCGGAAAAAAGGUGAUGGUCCACAGCAAUACAGUUGACAACCACGUAUCUGAGUAAAGCCAUAUCAACGUUGUUGCAAGGGCAGCAAUCAUGGUGAUGAUGGUGAUGAUAACCAAGCUGGAAGCGCUCAAGCCGACCGCAACAUCACUUAUCUCCAUAUGGAUAUCGUGUUGAAAUUGUUGUUAAGGUUUUUCUGUUAAUUGCUCCUUCCUCACUCUCUCUCUCUCUCUAAGAGCUUUAGACUAUGGACUAUGAGGAUCUUCUGAUAGACGCUGCACGGCUUCAAAGCACGAAUGUUUGAUGGUGUGAAAUGUUUAAAAAAAACCCCUAACAUUUAAAUCCCUAAAGUUGGAAAAAGCAAUCAAUUUUUAUUAAGAAACAAAAAACAAAAACGAAACCAACAUAUACUCCAAGUUAAACGAAUGAAUGAAUAACUUCUAAAUAUUUUAACUUAGCAUGGAAAAAGAAUGUUAACAUUACACAAAAGAAACAAACAACAAGAACAACAAUAUCAUAAAACACAUAGAAGAUUUCCCCCCCUUCCAUACCUAAUAGCCCCACCCUAUGACGAAAAUUUUACCUAAAUUAACGAUUCUAGUUCAAGUUUCAAAGAAAUGUCUUUCGUAUUCCUCCAAAAUCAAAAUCCUUCGAAAAUGAAGAAAAAAAUUAUGAAUUUCCAUAGCAAAAAAUUGAGAAAAAACAAACAUCAAAUAGUUGUUAUUAAAAGAAUUUGUGCGUGUCUAUAUGAAUGUCUGUAAAGGAUUAUUUAUUUUCUUAACAACCAAAAAAACUAUAUACAUACAUAGAUGAACUCUCCUUAUAUGAAUGAUAUUUAUAUACCAUAUUAUGUAGUUUAAUUUAAUUACUGUAGCUAAUUUCAAGAAGAAAAAAAAAAUAGAAAAACAUUGUUAAAGUUUGUAAAAAUUCCCAAAAAAAGAAAAGUUAUAAAGGAAUGGUUGAAGGCACUGCCAAAAACAAAAAAAUACUAAAAACAUCAGACACAGUGAUAGUUUGGUAGGAGUAGUGAUGAUUAUUUAAAAAUACUUUUUUAAAGGUCUUUC